AUGCCCACCCCAGCGUCAGAGCCAUCUGCCAGCUCCCCUCAGGGCGGCAGCCAGGUGCUGGGCACGCUCUCACAGCUCUGCCACAACAGCACCGCCUGCUGCGGAUCGUCGCCCCCUCCUCAUACAUGCAGCUGGACCCUGCUCUCAGUUUCCAUUCAAAUCUGUCUUUUCAAUGAAGUGGAAAACUAUCGCUCAGCCAUGGGUAAGAUGGCAGAAGACAUCAUAGCGCUGAGGACACAGAUGGUGAGGUUGGAGGCAGAAAACAGCCAGCUCCGCUCUGCUCUGUCUCUGCAGCAGGACCGCGGCAAAGACCUGUUGGACGACAUCCACAUCAUGAACAGGGCUGAGAUUGCUAAUUAUAUAGCCUCUCUUAAAUUUAAGCUGGCCAAUGAGACCAGUAAAGCCGCCUCUCAAAGGGACCGAAUCCAAAAGUUGCAGAACGAUCUGAUCAAGGAAAACGACAGUGAGAAGGAGCUACUAAAGCUUCAGAGAGUUCACCAGCAGCAGCAGGAGGAUUUGCAGCGCUGCCACAGCCGCUUGGCAAAGAUGGCAAACUUGGAGGCAACAGUGAAACAUCAGGAAAAGGUCAUUGAGAAGAUGGAGAAAGCAUUAGAUAGCAAACUCAUAGAGAAGAGUAAACAGACUGGUGACAGAAGGCCUUUGGUAAAUAGGCAAAAAGUUGGCACUGAUAACAGAAAGGAAGAGAUAGAGUCAGCCGUGGCAGCAGAAGACAGUCGUCUCAGAGGAGAGCUGGACAGGAUUCACCAGCAGCCGGCCCCAGUUAUUAAACAGCAGUCAGCCCAGAGAAAAGAAGCCCUUCCAGUCGAGGAGCGAAUUAGUUUACUAAGUAAGCUGGAGAGGGCAGAGGCAAGAGUUCAAACACUGGAGGCUCAGUUGGAGGAGAACUCUAAUUUAUGGGGAGAAAAACAAGAAAUGUUGACCAAACUGAGCGAGCACAGGCAUGGCUUCGUCCGGACGUCCACCACAAUCCUUAAUAACCUUCCUUCGAGAUCUGUACCAGAAUCAUUGAGUGAGCAAAGCAGACAGAGGAAGCAGAAGAAGUCCUGUUGACCCAGACUAAAAGUAAACACUCACAGUUUUCUUUGAUUCAAUAU